AUGGCCUCCCCCUCCGCGAUCUCACUGACUGACGAGAACGCGUCCGUCCCGGACGAGCGCCCGGCGUCGCCACUGAUUCUCUACAAGCCACCGACUGCCGUCUCGCUCCUCCGCACGGCCGCCAUAAACCUCGUGCUGCCGUUCAUCAACGGGCUGAUGUUGGGUUUCGGAGAGCUAUUUGCACACGAGCUCGCGUUCAGAUGGGGGUGGGGUACUACGAGGAUAUUCCCGCUGCAUAGGUUGGGCACCGGGAGUAGACCGGCGGGGCCGGGCGUCGAAAUCAGGGAUCGGAGCGUGAACAAGACGGAGGGGUUCUCGGGCGCAGGGGGGCUGGAGGAUCUGGCGAGCCUUGAGUGA